GUAUCGUAUAGUGUGAGGCUGUGAUCGACUAGUCUAGUGUGACAAUAAUUUCAGUUUUUCUUGCAGAUUCGAGUUUUUAAUUGAUCAUGGAAUUAUUUACCGUCCUUACUGUUGCUGUUGUUGUUGUUGCUGUUGUUGGAUGGAAACCUCUUAGAAAGUGGUUAAAAGGAGGUCGUUGCCAUAGCAAUGCUCGGAUGGACGGCAAGACGGUCAUCAUUACAGGAUGCAAUACAGGAAUUGGCAAGGAAACUGCUAAGGAUCUAGCAAAGCGAGGAGCCCGGGUGAUAAUGGCCUGCAGAAACAUGGAGAAGGCUAAGGCAGCGCAAUUGGAUAUCAUCAGAGAAUCUGGAAGCUCCAAUGUGGUGGUCAAGAGACUGGAUCUUGCCUCAAUGAAGUCUAUCAGAGAGUUUGCAGACGAGAUUAAGAGCGAGGAGGAAUCACUUCAUGCACUUCUUAACAAUGCUGCUAUUGCAGUGUGUCCUCCGUCAAAGACUGAAGAUGGUUUUGAGAUGCAGUUUGGAACAAAUCACUUGGGCCAUUUCCUCCUGACGCUUCUCCUCCUAGACCUACUCAAGACAUCGGCUCCAAGUCGCAUCAUCAAUGUGUCCUCCUUGGCCUAUUUGAGAGGAAAGAUUAAUUUUGAUGAUAUCAUGUUAACCAAGAAUUACGAUAACUUUGGUGCCUAUAGUCAGAGCAAGCUUGCCAAUAUUAUCUUUACCUCAGAGCUUGCAAGACGUCUGAAAGGGACUGGUGUGACAUGUUACAGCCUGCAUCCUGGUCCUGUUGAAACAGAUAUACUGCGUCACAGAGACACCUAUAACGCCGUUUGGACCAUCGUGCUCUUCUUCAGUGAACCAUUCUUCAAAACAGCUGAAGAGGGUGCUCAAACUAGUAUCCACUGUUGCGUUGAUAAGAAGGCAGGUCAAGAGACUGGAUUGUAUUAUAGCUUCGUUUGUCUGAUGGGCAUGACUGUAUCUCCCACAGCGCAGAUUGUAUCGAAGCAGACGAUGCGCAACCGAGCAAAACGGCGGCAAAACAGAUCGAAUAAAACAUCUUCAUCAAACGUCACAAAACUCCGGAUGAAAAAAAAAGACCAACAACGAUGAAUCCAUAUUAAAUUAUCAGCUUUCUCAAUGCGACCAGUGUUCUGAAUAUUCCCGUAGCAGAUUACAAAUUAUUCUGGAUGGGCUGUCGAAAAAAAUAACAGAGAAGAAACAGAAACGUCCCUUUUCUCUCAAAACUGAGGAAUUAUUGUUAUAAUUCACUGUUUAAAAAAUUGCCUUUAUAUCCUCCUCCUUUCAGUCAGUCAUCAGGAAGUGACAAACAUUAAUAGGCCUGUAUUUUUUUUUUCGUGUUUCGUUUUUCCCCUUCUUUGAACGUGGGCGGGCUCUUGUUUCAUUGAUGAAAAAUAUGGCGCAUGCGCGUGACACAGCUUAAUUAUACGACCAAUCACAGCCGUUCUUUCCCUUUAGCUGUCACUCUAUGAGCCAAUAACAGUUAUUAUCUCAUGAUUCACUAAAACGUAUGCGAUCAUGUAUGAUACAAAGCAUAGGGUACGCUAUGUGAACAACUUCUUUAAUUCGAUGAAUGCCUUUAUCUUUCUUUGAUUUCAUUAUUUGCUCUCUUUAUUUGUUAAAAUGAUAAGUAAAACUCGCAGCUACUCGCUCAUGGGAGAUUUUGUUUGGAAUCAUUCGGAUGAAAUUCGGAGAGAUAGUUGACUCUAACACAAGAGGAGGCAUGACUGAGUAGGAUCAGUGGCCAAAUGAGUCAAACAUUACGAGGGAGCAGGAACGUGGUGUAUUGGGAAUAUUCUAAUUAGUCAAAAGCGAGCGAGCCAAAAAUUAGACCUUUUUAAAAUCAAAUACCAAACUUUGUGACAUGUUUCAGCAUACUAUAGCCUUACACAUUUUAUUAUUAUUAGGUGAUCUGUCUGUUGACAGAUCACCUCUUGUGUUUCUACGAAUUUUCUUUUUUAUUUAUUUUUAUUAUUUAUUUUUCUUUUUCCACCCUUUUCUUGUUCCACCAAAAUCAGAAAAACUGUUCUAUCAAUUUUCAUCAAAUUAUUAUCAAUUAUGCACAGUUAUCAUGCGAUGUGUACGAAACAUAUUCAACGUCAAAUGGUCAUCGUGACGUCAUCUACGGGCCAUUUUGUAAAAUCACAUUAUCAACAAUAUCUUCAUCAUCAAUCAUCAAAAAUUAACAAUAUUAACAUGAAAUUAACUUCAGAUCAUGGGUCAACUGUCCAUAUCAUCAAAGGUCAUGAAAAGGUCACGACGCGCAUGUACGCGCGCGUCAAAAUUUUAAAAUGCUCAAAAUCACCUUUUGAUCAAAGUAGAGUACGAAUCAGGUCAUUUGAAGCAUUUCAAGAAUUUGCGCGCUCACACGUUUUCGCGCGCGUUCACGCGCGUAGCGUUGUUACGCAAUGUAGAAUCUCACUUUCUUUUACGUUAAUGCAUUUGUUAUGAAAUUUCUAAUAAUUUGAUACCUUGACCGACCUUCUACGACCAGUAAUAACGGAAUUAGCCUCCGUCAAAGUUUGCAUUACGCGCCCAAGCGCGCGUUGAAAAUAGGCCAAAUAUGUGCAAAAAGAUGUCUUUACAAAAUUCAAUACAACUCUUCAGAUAGUCCGUUGACCCCUACAUUUUCUGUUAUAUUCGGAUAGAGUAUGAAUUGUAGAUGUGAUUUCAUGUCACAUUUGACCCUUAAUUUUAUCAUGACGUCAUCAAAAUGGCGUCGGAACUAAAAUUUUCCAUUUUUGUUUUUUGACGUUUUAAUAAUUUUGCAAAUAUGAUUAUAACUCCGUAAUUGUUGGUCAUUUUUCGCCAAGAUUUCGACAUAUUGUAGCUGAGCUUGCACUCUUACUGAAUAUUUCCUGAAAUUUUCAUUUAUAUUAAUUUUUUAUCCUCAAAAUUAAGAAUUUAUAGAGGCAUAUCACAAUGCUAAUUUUCACUGUCAUAAGUCAAUUUGAGAUAUUAUUCAUUCUUUGAACGAUAAAUGAAUGAGAAGCUAUAUGGUCUAAUGGAUAGCGCACAUGCCUUGCAAUGGGAGGGUCCUUGGUCCGAAACUCACUUGACAAUGUUUUGUUUUUUUUUGCUCAUGUAUUUGUGUGUAUUCUCUAUUCGUACUGAUUUUUCUCAAAACUUGAUUUCACAUUCAUGGAUUCUGGCGACAUUAUUUUCACUAUUUCGUGUAGUCACUUGCGAAAUUGCAUUUGGCAUUCUCUAAUAAAACAAGAUCUUUUACACAACCU